GCGUGCCCUCCGCGCGUGACGUCACCGCGCGGGCGCGUCCGCCCGUGCGUGACGCUCCCGCCAGUGCCCAACAUGGCGGCGGGCGGCGGCGGCGGCGGCGCCGGCGGCGGCUGUGGGGGGACCCCGCUCUCGCCGGGCCCGUUCCUGCCGCCGCUGCUGCUGCUGCUGGCGCUGCCCGGCGGCGCCGUUCCCGCGGCCGACACCGUCGUGCUGGGGCUGCGCCUGGAGGAGAGCACCAAACCGGCGGCGGCGGCGGCACCGGCGGGGGCGGCCGAGCGCGGGCCCAUCCGCCUGACGGAAGGCAGCGAGGCCUUGCUGCGGCUCUACGGGCUGGGGCUGGGCCCCGGCGCCGCCGAGCGCGUGGCCUUCGCCGAGCUGCGGCCGGGCGGCAACGCCUCGAGCGGCAACGGCACGUGCCAGGAGCGCUCGCAGGACCUGCUGGUGCGGCCCGGCCCCGCCGAGCCCCGCGACACCUCGGCCCUGCUCCGCGUGCGGGUGCAGCCGCUGCGCAAGGACGAGCGGGCCAAGACCUACGUGCUGUGCUCGCAGCGGCGGCCCGGGCAGCCCUGGCUGCCGCACCAAGGGCCCGACGGGCACGUGGUGGUGCUGGAGGAGAAGAAGUCGCUGCUGCCCCUGUGGCUGCAGGUGAUCCUGAUCGCGGGCUUGCUGGUGCUGUCGGGGAUGUUCAGCGGGCUCAACCUGGGGCUGAUGGCGCUCGAUCCCAUGGAGCUGAGGAUCGUGCAGAACUGCGGCACCGACAAGGAGAAGCGGUACGCCCGCAGGAUCGAGCCCAUCCGCAGGAAAGGGAAUUACCUGCUCUGCUCGCUGCUGCUGGGCAACGUGCUGGUCAACACCACGCUGACCAUCCUGCUGGACGACCUCAUCGGCUCCGGCAUCGGCGCCGUGGUGGCCUCCACCAUCGGCAUCGUCAUCUUCGGCGAGAUCGUGCCGCAGGCGCUGUGCUCGCGGCACGGGCUGGCCGUGGGCGCCAACACCAUCGUGGUCACCAAGUUCUUCAUGCUGGUGACCUUCCCGCUGUCCUACCCCAUCAGCAAGCUGCUGGACUGCAUCCUGGGCCAGGAGAUCGGCACCGUCUACAACCGGGAGAAGCUGGUGGAGAUGCUGAAGGUGACGGAGCCCUACAACGACCUGGUGAGGGAGGAGCUCAACAUGAUCCAGGGAGCGCUGGAGCUGCGCACCAAGACGGUGGAGGACGUGAUGACGCCGCUGCAGAACUGCUUCAUGAUCAACAGCGACGCCAUCCUGGACUUCAACACCAUGUCGGAGAUCAUGGAGAGCGGCUACACGCGCAUCCCGGUCUACGAGGACGAGAGGUCCAACAUCAUGGACAUCCUCUACGUCAAGGACCUGGCCUUCGUGGACCCCGACGACUGCACGCCCCUCAAGACCAUCACCAAGUUCUACAACCACCCCGUGCACGUGGUCUUCCACGACACCAAGCUGGACGCCAUGCUGGAGGAGUUCAAGAAGGGGAAGUCCCACCUGGCCAUCGUGCAGAAGGUGAACAACGAGGGUGAGGGUGACCCCUUCUACGAGGUGCUGGGGCUGGUGACGCUCGAGGACGUCAUCGAGGAGAUCAUCAAGUCAGAGAUCCUGGACGAGUCCGACACCUACGUUGACAACCGCAGCAGGAAGAGGGUGUGCAACCAGAAGAACCGACGCGACUUCUCGGCCUUCAAGGACCCCGACAACGAGCUGAAGGUCAAGGUGUCACCUCAGCUCCUGCUGGCCGCCCACCGCUUCCUGUCCACCGAGGUGACCCUCUUCACCUCCAACUUCAUCUCGGAGAAGAUCCUGCUGCGGCUCCUCAAAUACUCCGACGUCAUCCAGGAGCUGAAGUUCGACGAGGAGAACAAGAAAUCCCCGCGGCACUUCCUGUACUGCAAGAACAAACCGGCCGACUACUUCAUCCUCAUCCUGCAGGGCAAGGUGGAGGUGGAGGCUGGCAAGGAGUGCAUGAAGUUCGAGGCAGGAGCCUUUUCCUACUACGGGGUGAUGGCCCUGAGUCCUCCUCCUGGAUCUGAGAUCCGUUCCCCGUCCCACAUGAGCGGCCUGAACCGCUCGGCCUCGCUGAGCUACCACGAGCGCUCGGACUCGGGCUCGUCGCCGGUCAGCGGCAGCAACAACCAGCUCAACGCCGGCGGCGCCCAGUACGUGGCCGACUUCAGCGUCCGCGCCCUCACCGACCUCCAGUUCGUCAAGAUCACGCGGCAGGAGUACCAGAACGGGCUGCUGGCCUCGCGCAUGGACAGCUGCCCCCAGUCCCCCGACAGCGCCGCCCCCAAAGCCGAGCCGGCCGUCCCGGAGAAGCCGGAGCCGCCGGCGCCGGCCGACGAGACCACGAGUCUGCUCAACGAGAGGAACUGCCUGAGCCGCCGCGGCACCCACAGCGGCCUGGAGAACUCCAUCUGACCCCGGCCGCGCCGGCGCGCCCGGCCCGCCCGGCCUGCCCGGGGCGGGGACCUUUCCCGGUAGGACGAGCCGGCGGAGGACGAGGAGCAGGCGCGGUGGGGAUGGAGGAGCCGGGAUUCGCUGCUGCUGCCGGCCCAGGCCGGCUCGGGUUGGCACGGACGGAGCGGCGCCGGCGCGGCGCCGACGGCUCAGGGAGCUUCGGGUCUCGGUUCGCCGCCGCGGGGACCCUGGGGAUGGACAUCCCGACCCUGCCAGGAAACCCGGGAUGGAAAUCCCGAUCCUGAUCCUGCCAGGAAACCCGGGAUGGAAAUCCCGAUCCCACCCUGCCAGGAAACCCGGGAUGGAAAUCCUGAUCCUGCCAGGAAAUCUGGGAUGGACAUCCCGACCCUUCCAGGAAAGCUGGGAUGGAAAUCCUGAUCCUUCCAGGAAAGCUGGGAUGGAAAUCCCAAUCCUGCCAGGAAAUCUGGGAUGGACAUCCCAACCUUUCCAGGAAAGCUGGGAUGGAAAUCCCGAUCCUGCCCUGCCAGGAAAACUGGGAUGGACAUCCCGACCCUUCCAGGAAAGCUGGGAUGGAAAUCCUGAUCCUGCCAAGAAAUCUGGGAUGGACAUCCCAACCUUUCCAGGAAUCCCAAGAUGGACAUCCCAACCCUUCCAGGAGAUCUGGGAUGGAAAUCCUGAUCCUGCCAGGAAAGCUGGGAUGGAAAUCCUGAUCCUGCCAGGAAAUCUGGGAUGGACGUCCCAACCCUUCCAGGGUCCAUCCAAACCUUUCAGGAACCCCGGGACGGACAGGCCAACCCUUCCAGGACCCUCAGGAUGGACAUCCCCACCAUGCCAGAGUCCAUCCCGAUCCUCCCGGGAACCCCAACCCUGCCAGAAACCCCAGGGUGGACAUCCCAGUCCUU